UGACGUCACCGCGCCUUCCCGCCAUGAUCCGCGCGGGGGCGGCCGCCCUGAGGGCCUGGAGCAGGGGCCGGGGCUGGGCCGCGCUCUCGACCGCGCCCCCGGCCCCGCCCGCGGCCCCCGAGCCCCGCAGGGGGCUGGCUGCGAGGGUCCCCCAUCGCCGCUGUCCCCACGUGUCCCCAGAGGAGCCCCCGGUGCCACCCCCGGUGCUCCGGAGCUGCCGCGUCCCCGUGGUGCCACCGCUGUCCCCGGUGCAGGCCUGGGUGGGGUCCCUGCGUCACCCCGAGGACACGCUGCGGGGUCUGGCCGACCUGCACCCCGACGUCUUCGCCGUCACCCCCAGGCUGGACAUCCUGCACGCCGUGGCCACGUGGCAGAGGAACUACAAGAGGAUUAGCCACGCGCGGGUGCGCAGCCGGGCCGAGGUGCGCGGCGGGGGCCGCAAGCCCUGGCGCCAGAAGGGCUCCGGGCGCGCCCGGCACGGCUCCGUGCGCUCCCCGCUCUGGAGGGGCGGUGGCAUCGCCCACGGCCCGCGGGGCCCCACCAGCUACUUCUACAUGCUGCCCAUGCGGGUGCGGGUGCUGGGGCUGAAGGUGGCCCUGAGCGUGAAGCUGAUGCAGGACGAGCUGCACGUGGUGGACACGCUGGAGAUGCCCAGCAGCGACCCCCGGUACCUGCUGGAGCUGGCCCGGGCGCGGCGCUGGGGACGCUCCGUGCUGGUGGUGGACACCAAUGAAUUCCCGGAGAACAUCAGCGCCGCGGCCGAGGGGCUCAAAUCCAUCACCCUCAUCCCCGCCCUGGGGCUCAACGUGCACAGCCUGCUGAAGCACCAGACGCUGCUGCUCACCCUGGACGCCGUCGCCUUCCUGGAGCAGCGGCUGCUGUGGCACGACGCGCGUUACUCGGCCCUGGUGCCCUUCUCCCUGCCCCACCGCGACCUCCCGUGGCCCCCCCCGGCCGGCUGAGACCCCCCCCGGGUGGGAUUUGUGACCCCCGGGUGGGAUUUGUGUCCCCCAAGUGGGAUUUGUCCCCCCCGGUUGGGAUUUGUGAACUCCAUUUGGGAUUUGUGACCCUCGAAGUGGGAUUUGUCCCCCUCUGAUUGGGAUUUGACCCCCCCCUGAUGGGAUUUGUCCCCCUCUGAUUGGGAUUUGUCCCCCCCCAAGUGGGAUUUGUCUCCCCCCAAGUGGGAUUUGUCCCUCUCUGAUUGGGAUUUGUCCCCCCCUGAGUGGGAUUUGUGACCCCCAAAUGGGAUUUGUGACCCCCAAUUGGGAUUUGUCCCCCCCCCAAUUGGGAUUUGUGACCCCCAAAUUGGGAUUUGUGACCCCCUGGGUGGGAUUUGUCCCCCCCUGAGUGGGAUUUGUGACCCCCAAAAUGGGAUUUGUCCCCCUCUGAUUGGGAUUUGUCCCCCCCCCCG